AUGAUGGACACACCGACUGUCCUCACUUCGACUAGAUUCAGAUGCGACUCCCAACACGUGUUGUCGAUGUCGAUUCGAGAUAUGAUAACAGAAACCUUCAAUGAUAUCCAAGAGGAAUCUGUCGAGGCCAGCAUUGCUGAGAAGCCAUGGCGACAUGAGGCAACAGAAGCAGAAGAGCAAAAGAUACUUGAGCAGGAAAUUGCGCAUGACGGCACGAAAGAGGAAACGUCAUUGACCUCCACCACCCCUCAAUAUACAAGCACACUGACGCAAAGUACUGCGGUCGCGACACCUAGCCCAACGCUACCUGAUCGCGUCGUAGUACAUACCGACCUGCAAGACUGGCAAUCAGCCAUCUACGACUUCGAUACCGAAACUCCGCACAACACAUCGACCCUGGAUCUGCUCACUAACAGCACUUUACGUACCCUUCGGAACAAAGUGAUGGAAGCAGAUGCAUACCUCGCAUACAUCCACACCGACAACAUCGAACAUUCCAAUGUAGUCUCUCUGCAAACCCUCAACAUCAACUUCAUCCAGAGCAACGGCUUCGCGAAUUUGCGUUGCGUUCACGAUCCCGGCUGUCCGCACGAAGUGAUGCCGUUCCGAAACCCGCCUGAGGAUCAUCGAACAAUCGAAGCAGCGAUGCCGGAUGCGUGGCGAGACUUGUUCAACAAUACGGAUGUACCGCACGUACUGGCGACCCCUUGCUGUGCGCAGUUUGCCGUGUCGAGCAAGCAGGUGCAGAAGCGGCCAUUGGACGUAUACAAGAAGUAUUAUACGUGGUUGAUGGAAACUCAGCUAAAGGAUGGGACAAGUGGACGGGUGUUUGAGUAUCUUUGGCACAUGUUGUUUGGUCAAGACCCCGUUUACUGUCCCACAUACGAGAAGUGUUAUUGCGAUGUGUAUAACAGAUGUUGA